UUACAAGCUAAUAAUUCUUAUAUUGCACAUCAUAUUUUUUAUAAUAUACUAGAUGUUAUUAAACAGAGUAAAAAAAAAAAAAUUAAAUAGGAUUUAAUUGCGGAAAAUGGUUGUUUGCGUCGGGCGCUCGAGGAAAGCGAAGGAAAGAUUCGUAAAAAGGAAGGAAUCGUGGAAACGGCACAAGGAACAAUUCUAAGAAAACCCAAUGAGAUAGCAGCCGCGAAAAUAAUAGAACUUAGUAAAAGAUGCAGAGAACAAAUAGCCGAGAUCGAAGUUCUUAAAUCAAAAUGUAAAAACCUUGAAAAUAAUUUAGCCAGCAAAGAAAUGGAAUUAGAGAAUGAAAGAAGAUGUUUGAAAAUUGAUGAUGAUUCCUCAGAAAAAAGUGAGUUAUAUUAAAUAUUAUCAAGUUCUACCUGAAAUGGUACAUCAUUCUAUUGUCAAAAAAAUAAUAUGAUCGAGAUCCAGGAUAGUAUCCUUGACAAAGGUACCGAAACAAAUAAUAAUCAGGCGAAGGAAAAGGAUAAUCAGAUGAAAUUGAUGGAAAAGUUGCAGCAAACUCAAACGAAACUCUACGAAUCUAAAAAUAAUUGCGCUAGUCUUAAACAGGAGAUUAAUAAAUUACACAAGUUGCUGUGCAACGAAGUGGGUGAUAACGUGAAUAUAAAUAAUCUUGCAAAUCAAUCUGGCGGAUGGCGAGGGAGGGCCGAACAAAUUCAUUUGCUGAAUCAAAAAGUGUUGGAAUUGCAAUCAAAAUUGUCCGAGUACGAUGGAACACAAAAAACAUCUAUUGAACGGAAGAAUCUAGCGAAUUUUCGAAACAUCGAGAGGGAGAGACGUCAGCAAAUCGAGAACUCGGCAAAGGAGCUUCGUCAAGCGGAAAUAGCCAUAGAAGGCUAUAAGCGGAAGUUGGAAGCUUCAAAGGCGAGGAUAAAAGUGUUGGAGAACGAAUUGAAUGCCGCGAAAGGAAACAUAGCGAUAUUGAACGAGAAAAGAUCUCACGAUGAUUGUUUAAUAGAAACGCUCAAUAAUCGACUUAAAAUGAUGGAGAUGAAGCAUCAAGAACGGGAAACAGAUAUGAAAAAUAGGGAAGAGAAAAUCGAACACGAAUGUACGAAUUUGAGAAAUGAUUUGCAAUCGGCGCAGCUUCAAAUCGAUCGAUUAAGGAGAAGGCUGGAAGAACGUGAGAUUGAAAUUGACAAAUUAAGAAAUGGAACAGUUCCAAGCAUAGAAGAGAUUAAAGCCCAAAAGAUCCCACGAUUAUUCUUAAAUAAUCUUAAUCAUAGUAGUCCCUUACACAGUUAUCGAAGUUCCUACGAACCAAAUGAAUACGUAACUUUGGCUCUUGCAGCGGAAGCCGAAAGGGAGCGACUACUAGAAUUAGUAACUGUGCUGAACAGAAGAUUGGACAAAGAGAGGAACGAUGCUGAUAUUCUUUCUAAUACUUUGCGGAACGAAAGAUACAAAUCGGCGAGAUUAGAAGCGAAGCUUGGAAAAUUAGAGAGUGAAAGAGCAAGGAUCGUUAAGAUCGACAGCAGAUACAGACCGAAAUUCUCAAAAUCGUCCAACAACUCGAAUGACGUCGACGCAGAACAAAUGCGACUCAAAAUGGAGUUAUUUCAAGAAGAGUGUCUUACAUUGAAAGCUAGAUUAGAUACUGUGCAACAGGAAAAGGCAUCGGAUCUUGCCACUUACAAACAGAUGCUCGAUCAAGUUAGAAAAAUGUUUCAGGAUGCUUGCAGAAGUAAAGCGUCGUGUACCAUUGGCAAUCGGUCUACAAUCACAGUUUAGAUUUAUAGAUUUUAUAUAAUAUGUAUUAUUUAUA